AUGGCCCCUCGCGUUUCUUCCAAGACCUACAAGGUCCCCCGUCGCCCCUUCGAGUCGGCCCGUCUUGAUGCUGAACUCAAGACUGUCGGCGAGUACGGCCUGCGCAACAAGCGCGAGGUGUGGCGUGUCCAGCUCACCCUCUCCAAGAUCCGUCGUGCUGCUCGUGAGCUCCUUACUCUCGAUGAGAAGGACCCCAAGCGUCUCUUCGAAGGCAAUGCCCUCAUUCGCCGUCUUGUCCGCAUCGGUGUGCUCGAUGAGGCCCGCAUGAAGCUCGAUUACGUCCUGGCCCUCAAGUCCGAGGAUUUCCUCGAGCGCCGUCUCCAGACCUGCGUCUACAAGCUUGGCCUCGCCAAGUCCAUCCACCACGCCCGUGUCCUCAUCAAGCAGCGUCACAUCCGUGUCGGAAAGCAGAUCGUCAACGUUCCUUCUUUCAUGGUCCGUCUCGACUCCCAGAAGCACAUUGACUUCUCUCUCACCUCUCCCUUCGGUGGCGGCCGUCCCGGCCGUGUUCGCCGCAAGAAGGCCGCCGCCGCCGCCGGUGGUGAGGAUGCCGAGGAGGAGGAUGAGGAGUAA